AUGCAUAUGCGAAAAGAAGGAAAGAAAGUCACAGGAAGACAAAAGUCACAAGAAGACGAAAGUCACAGGAAUACGAAAGUCACAGGAAGACGAAAGUCACAGGAAGACGAAAGUCACAGGAAGACGAAAGUCACAGGAAGACGAAAGUCACAGGAAGACGAAAGUCACAGGAAGACGAAAGUCACAGGAAGACGAAAGUCAAAGGAAGACGAAAGUUACAGGAAGACGAAAGUCACAGGAAGACGAAAGUCACAGGAAGACGAAAGUCACAGGAAGACGAAAGUCACAGGAAGACGAAAGUCACAGGAAGACGAAAGUCACAGGAAGACGAAAGUCACAGGAAGACGAAAGUCACAGGAAGACGAAAGUCACAGGAAGACGAAGCACAGCGCCGCCACCUCUUCUUCCGUCAUCGCCGCUUCAAUCUCAGACCAGUCUCUAAUCCGCUAUCUGCAUCAACUAUACUUGUCUUCAACAUUCACAGCAUCAUCACUUCGUUCUCAUUACACAACGGCUCCGUCUCAGACUCAACGGCUCCACCAUGGAAGCAAAAUGCUGCUGCUCAACUAUCAAACUCAAAUCAUCAGUUCGCGAAUCAUCACCUUCUUCAAUUCUUCCUUUGAUCGGAGAUGCUCCGAUGGCAUUUCGACAACGCCGGUAACGAGAAAACUCAGGUUACGCAGUGAUGAAGGGUUUGGAGAUGGUUUGAAGCUGUUUGUGCUUGAAGGUGAUGGAGUUUUGUUGAAGGUGAAUGAGGAUGUGAAGUGGCUGCAAUUGUUGGUGAAGAAAGAUGAUUGA